GCCCGUUGUACGGGUCGAUAGCGUACGAGUUUAAAAGUUACGCACGGACGAGUAGAAUAGUGCCAGAGUGCCCUUUCGGCAUGACGUGCUCCCAAUAGUCUCUCGCGGACUUCCCCGUUUAAAAGUCGAGUCGAGUGUGAUUUUUAUUCAACAAGUGACAGUGGUGAUAAGUGAGUUCACUUUAAGGCCGGCGAGGCAGCCGCGGCCAUGAUCAUCUCCAAGGACUUAUUUCUUCUCGGAGACCAAGAUUACUUACGCCUGCCAAAUAAAGACGAGAAAAGGCCUCAAGGGCCCAAUAUGGGCCGUUCUAAUAAUGCUCCCAAUCACAGAGUAGAUUCUACAGCAGUUCAUUUUCCAUGUCUCCUGGACCAAAGGCCUUUACCAGUACAUUUAGCAUUUCGAGGUAUUACAGUGUCAGUGGGCGGUCGGACCAUAUUAGAAGAUAUCGAUGGGUUGGUGCGACCUGGCCAAAUAUUGGCCGUUAUGGGACCUAGUGGUUGUGGCAAAACCACCCUCUUGAAUUCUUUAAGUGGCCGCCUAAAACUGGACUCUGGACAGAUUUACUUUAACAGGGAUCCCCUUUGUAAAAGAUGGAGAAGGAAGAUAUGUUAUGUGUUGCAACAAGACAUCUUUUUUCCAGAUCUAACUUUAAGGCAAACUCUAGAAUACCAAGCAAGACUGAGGCUAUCAGACGUAAUGUCGCACGCACAAAAAAUGCAAUACGUCGACCAUAUCAUUGACGUUUUAGAACUAAAUAAUUGCCAGGACACGAUAAUUGGGGAUUAUUUGAAAAGAGGCCUGAGUGGUGGCGAAAAGAAGCGAGCCAAUAUUGCUUGUGAACUCCUAACCAAUCCUUCACUAAUGUUAUUAGAUGAGCCAACUUCAGGCUUAGACUCCCACUCAGCCCACAGUUUAAUGACGACUUUAAAACGUUAUGCAGUUUCAGAAGGAAAAACGGUUGUUAUUACUUUACAUCAACCCUCCUCACAGAUAUUUCAUUUAUGUGAUAAGCUUCUGUUGUUAUGUAAUGGUAGAACAGCCUAUUUUGGAGACACCUGCAAGGUGGUCGAUUUUUUCAGCAGCGUCGGGCUUAAUAUUAUGCCCCAUUAUAAUCCUGCUGAUUUUAUUUUGGAACAAAUAAAAGGACCAGACGAAGUAAGACAAAAAAUAAUAAAAGCUUCUGAGGAAGCGAGAAAGAAUAAAGAUUACCCCAUAGAGUUAAGAUGCCACGAUCUUUCGUAUAUUACGGAUGUAAAAUAUGACCAUAAGAUAUUACCACACCAUGGACCGUAUCCCAGUUUAGAACAAGACGCCUUAAAUCAAAUGGAACCAGACGUAAGAAGACUAUGGUUAGACACACAUUCACACGCAUCGUCAUCGGUUAGUUCAGACACAAACGAUGCAGAUUGUUACUUCUCGUGGCCCACCAGUUUUGGGACACAGUUCAAAGUGUUAGCCCAAAGAAAUUUCCAGGAAGCCAGACCCCGGAUGUUAUCUAAACUAAAUUGGGUUCAAACUAUAGGUCUAGGUAUUCUGGCUGGACUUUUAUGGUUCCAGCUGGAAAGGCGUGAAGAAGCUUUACACGAUAUUCAAGGUUGGAUGUUCUUUUCAACGACGUAUUGGAUGUUGUUUGCCUUAUUUGGAGCUCUUAGUUCGUUUCCACCAGAACGAGAAGUAAUAAAUAAAGAGAGACGGUCGGGAGCGUAUCGACUGUCAGCCUAUUAUCUAGCCAAAAUGGUAGGAGAGUUACCAUUGACCAUAACAUUACCAGCGGUAUAUCACUGUAUAUCAUAUCCUAUGUUAGGUUUUCAUUCACCAUUAGUGUUCCUUACUCUAUUAGGAUUCCUUCUCCUAAAUACUGUAGUGGCCCAAAGUGUGGGCUUUUUCAUUGGGGCUUGCUGUAUGGACAUGCAAGUUAGUAUAACAAUGAGCGCCCUCUACACACUAGCCACGCAACUGUUUGGUGGUUACCUGGCGACCAAUAUACCUCCAUGGCUGACGUGGAUGCGGUAUACUUCUAUGGUACAUUAUGCUUACCAAAAUAUGCAAAUAGUUGAAUUUAGUGAUGGCCUGCCUAUUAUUUGUGCAAAAAAAUCAAAAUUCCCUAUCUGCCAAGAAUCCGACUACAUACCUGUUACCUCAAUCCUGGAAGCACAGGGAACAUACCUUCCACUAUGGGCGAACACCUUAGUACUAUUAGGCUUUCUCUUCGUAUUCCGGUUAUUAGGGUAUAUGGUGCUACGGUACUACCAAACGCCCAAAUGAAAACGACUCCUACCGAAUUUUAGAAAAAACUGUGUCAGCACUGGAAAGAAUUUAAAAUAAUGCCAAAAAAAUAUUAGGGUAAAUAUUUCAAAUGGAAAUCUUAAUAAUAUAAUUAUUAAAUAAAUUCAUAGACUGAUGUAUUAGAAUAUAAAUAUAAACCUUUGCGAAUAUGGUUUCUAAGUGGCCAAUUUUAUUCGCUAAAGCAGGGUGGUGAACUUUAAAGCAAUUUGCCUGGCAGAAAUUUUUUAAUAUUAUUAUAUAUUAACUGCCCACCCUAUAUAUAAGGCUUUUUAUUUCCUAUAGCAGUUUUUUUCCAGUGUUUCGUUUUAUGUACCAAAUUGUGAUAUCUUAACAAUAGUUAUUUCUGAAAUAUCGACUUCAUUAUACCUUCUUAAGCUGAUAGUUUUAUAUUUAUUGCUGGACCAUAGACAGGUAACUUCUCCAUAAACUAAAUAGUUUGUAACUUUUUCCCAUAUUUUUUGAGACUUUUUAUUAAACAACGGCUGCAGUGAUCGAUUUAGUGACAUAAUGGACAGUGUUUCUUACUACUGCAACCCAGUUUUCAACCCGAAAAACAUACACCAGGCUGUGCUUAAAAGUAACUUUCGUACAUUUAGUUUUUUUUUAUAUUAUUAUUAUUAUUAUAAUUAUUGUGUUAUUAUUAAGGUUAGGUUUAAGUGCGAUCAUUCCAAUUGUGUUUCAGAAACUUGCGAUCUUUUGUUUUUCUUGCACUUAAAGGAACGAUGAUAGGUUUGAACGUAGAAGAACACACUUUGAAAUUUUUAUUAUUUUAAAAAUACAUUUUUAUUGCUUGGAUAACACGUUCCUAUAAUUUCAUCAGAUGUCUAAAACUAUUAAUAAAUAUUUAAUUAGAGUUUUAUUUUCAACAGUUUUUAAACAUAUAUAAUAGGUGUAACUAAGACUAUUAAAAACGUUUUAAAUUAUUUAAUAAAAUUUUCGAAAAAUUAUAGAUAAAAAUGUUUAAUGCAAUGCAUGCAUUUUAAUGUAUAACUUAAAUCUAUACGAUGAAUGUUCAUUUAUUAAGUUAAUAAGUUACAC